GUCUACCUCAUUCCACUCUUACAUCAUUUCAUUUACCAUUUUACCUUAUCCAUUAAAAAAUACAUUAAACUCUCUACCACUAAUUGCCCGUUUAGUUCCCUUGUUUCAACUUUCACUCCACAAAAACCUGAUCGUUACGUCACAAUAACAUAAAAUAACAUGUUGAUAACAUUUGGGUUUAAUCCGUGAGGUAAUUUUGUCGUCUCGGUAUAUUAUGGUGUGUUUAAAUCAUUAUCUUAUCAUUGAGAAUUCUAUGUUUAAAAAUCUCUACCUGUCAUCCCUCUAUAAAAAUUCUGCAUCUUCAAAUGACACCAUUUACUUGUUAAUCACUAGAUUAGUCAAGUUUUUAAUAAUGUUUCGUUUUGUAUUCUUUCUCGUAGUUGUAACCUUUUGUCUUCUUUAUGGCAUCUCACCGAGUUUUGAUAAUGCGAGAAAACGGGACAACUCAACACUUAGAGCUGCUGUUUACGAAUAUCGACGUUUCACCAACCUGACUGAUAACCAACUUGGUGUCAAACAAGUUAAUUUGAGAGCUUAUGCUAAAGCAAUACAAGUUGCCUCUCAUAAUGGAGCUGAAAUAAUAGUUUUCCCUGAGUCUGGUUUGUUUAGCGCCAGUAAUCGUCACAUCGCAUCGCUAAAUUAUGAAUACAUUCCUGAAGCUAAUGGAUCAAUUACUCCAUGUAUAGAUUGGGAUCAAGAAUCGAGUCCAUCAUCAUCUCAAAUUGUUCACACUUUAAGUUGUUUGGCUCGUGGAUUCAAAAUUUAUGUUGCUGCCAUCUUAGGCGAAAAGAUAGAAUGUUCACUUUUAAGUGAUCCCGAUUGUCCAGAAGAUGGGCAUUACCUUUAUAAUACACAGAUACUUUUCGACUCGACUGGUAAAUUGAUUGCUAAAUAUCACAAAACUCAUCUCUUUUUUGAACCCGCCAAUAACAUUCCAAAGGAUCCAGAGAUUGUAACUGUUUCAACUCCACUGGGUAAAUUUGGUUUCCUCAUAUGUUUUGAUAUUCAUUUUGAGCAACCAGCGUUGAGUUUGAUUUACGAUGAAGCCGUUGACACUAUUUUAUUUGGUGCUCAUUGGAUAGAUGAACUUCCAUUUUUAAAUGCUCACCGAGUACAAUCUGGUUUCACAAUUGAACAUAAUGUUAAUCUGUUAGCUGCUGGGGUAAAUGACUUGGUUAAUGGAGCUCUAGGAUCAGGAAUUUAUGUUGCUGGUGAAGGCCCGAUUGUUUACACUGCCGAUGUAAAAAAAAGUGGAUCCAGAUUAUUGAUUGCUGAUAUUCCAAAGUCACGGAAAACCCCAAAUGAAGAAGAUUCUGAAACUGAAAGCAGAUUUAUCAAAGUUAUUGAACAUUUAGAUGAACCUGAUGAAGCUUCAACUUACGUACCUUGGGAAUUGGCGCUUGAUAUAUUCAAUCACACGGUACUAACUCAUCAAUCUGAUAAUAUUGUUUCUUGCACUGAAACAGUUUGCUGUGAAUUGAGUUAUUCGUUAACAAAACCCAGUUUUACUUCAACUUAUUAUCUAUUGGCCAAAAGAUGGAUUCGACCAACUACCAAAAUUUGCGAGCAAUUUUGUGGUCUAGUCGCUUACAAUCAAACAGAUUAUGCUUAUACGACAACCGAUCAAUUUAGUUAUGUCAAAUUGACCGGUACCUUUGCUGGCAAUCUUAGCAUUCCAAGUGUGGUAACCAAUAAUUUUGAAUUGAUUGCUAAAUCAAAAUGGAAUUAUGUUCACAAAGAUAAUGUCGCGUCAAUUUCAUUUGAAAAAUUAGAUCAACCUCUUGUUGGAGUUACACUUUACAGCCGAAAUGAAAAAGAUGAUCAACAAUUAUAAAACCAAAUUAAAAAGGUUACCAAUACGCUGAGCGGGAUUCAUUUAUGUUAUGAAAAAUUUUAUUUUUUGCAUUGUAUAGUAAAUUAAUCAUGACUGCACUUUUAACUUAGAUUAAAAAUGUUUAUUUGGGGCUCA